UUAGCGUUUUAUUAGGGAUUUUCUGAGUAGCUUUUGUCAUUAACUGCCAGUAAUGUACAAGGUCUAACGACUAAGUUUCCAGCUCUUUACGGGUGGGAAAAAAAAGAUUUGUGAUUGUCAUCUUUAUCCACUUACUUAAUCUCCAUAGGAGUUUAUAUAUUCUCUUGGUGGAUUUUUCUGUACCCCAUAAUGUCAGCAAGUAGGUCGAGAUUAUAUUUUUGUUUUGUUGCUUAUUUAUCUUUAAUAAGUAGUUCUCUCAGAAGAGAAAGCCAAAUCACUAACGGUUUACGCUGGUAAUUUAGUUCAUUUUACAACGUGGAUCUUUUCAGAAAAGAUCCUAGAAGAUAUUUUUUGAUUGAACCAAUGAAGGAGCUUCUAUGGCAUCACCAGAAAUAUCAUCUCAAUUUCCAACAUAUCACCCUCUGAGUCUUAAAAAAAGAUGGAGGAAGUACACAUUCCGUUAUCCUUUUUUCUUUUAAUCGAAGCACAUUCGUUAACGCGUAAUCUUGCUGAAUGCGUUCGUAAUUAGAACGUCCUUGACCUCCGGUACUAAUCGAAAGUAAUCUAACACAUUAAUCAAAACUGACCCAAAGGAAAUAACACGUUAUAAUAAUAAUAAUCCUUUCUACUAUAGGCAUAAGGCCUGCAAUUUUUGGAGAGGGGGCUAGUCAUUACAUUGAUCAGUACUCAACUGGUACUUAUUUUAUUAACUUGGAAAGAAUGAACGGCAAAGUCGACCUCGGCAGAAUUUGAACUCUGAACGAAGAACGGAAGAAACGUCACUAGGCAUUUUACCUGGCACGAUAACAAUUCUGCUUGCUCACAGUCCAUCAGGUCAUAACAGAGGGGUGCAAAGCGAAAGUUUUAAUGAUCUACAAAAAUAUGUACAAAACCGAAAUUUUUCUGAACUUGAGAAACUGGUUACUUCUAGAAAGGUCUUAGUUGAUAUGCCACUUGAUCAAGGUCUAACUGCAUUAAUGAUUGCAACAAAACGGAAUGAUAUUGAGAUUAUGGAAUUACUGUUGUCCUUGAAAGCAUCUGUCACUGCUAAAGAUGAGUCAGGAAAAACAGCUUUAAUGCAUGCUUGCAUCUGUGGCAAUCUGCAAGCUGCAAAGAUCCUACAUAAAAAUGGUGCACCUUUUGAAGAUUUUGAUUUUGGUGGAUCUAGUCCACUACAUCAUGCUGUUGACAGUGGCAGCUGCGAGAUCAUAUCAUGGAUGAUAAGGGUUGGAGCAGAUGCGGACAUUCGAGACAAAAAUGCUGCUUGGACUCCACUGAUGCGAUGUGCUUCUCUUUCUGGUAACAAAUCAGUUGCUAAGACAUUGAUCUUCAAUGGAGCUAAUAUUGAUCUCAAAGACAAUGAUGGAAAAACCUGUUUAAUAAUUGCAGUCAUGAAUGAUCAUGAACAAUUAGUAGAAUUUCUCUUGGAGAACAACGUCAACAUCAAAAUAUUAAAUACGAGUGGUCGAACAGCAUAUGAAAUAGCAGUUUCCCUUAAAAAAACCGCAAUAAUAAAGAUCUUGGAUAAAUAUAUGAAAAGUAGAAAGAAUAACAUUCCUUAGGAGGAGACCAGAAAUGUUAGUGUUGCAUAACUUAUGGAAUUUAGAAGCUGAACAUGCAUUGGGAAAAGAUCUUCAGAUAAUUCUCUGUCUCCAUGAUGUCAUCAUACCUUGCAAUUCAAUGUGCUGAUACAAUGAAAAGAAUCAGGCUUUUGUCUGCUUGCCUGAACUCAUAAAACAAUUUAUGUUGUUAGACUAUUUUUAUCUUCUAUGAUUUCAACAAAACAAAUGAAAACAAUUCUGACAUAUUCCAGAAGAAUUGUUACAAUAAAGUUACUUCCUUCUCUCAAAAACUGCCAUUUUGAA